AUGAAGACGCCAAGCAGCAUGGUCGGCAGUGCGCUCCUGCUCGCCCUCGCGGGACAAGUGUCGGCGCAGCAGGCCGCGGGCUCGUUCAAGGUCGUCGCGGACACCCUCGCCAGCGCCAUGAUGCUGUUCCUCGGCCCGGCCAACAAGCUCUACGUGCUCGACAAGACGGAGCGCAACCCGACGAUGGCGCCCGGCAAGAACCACCCGGCAUGGGCGAGUGUGAUCGACCUGGACACGUUUGAGUCGGUGCCGCUCGACGUGCGCACCAACACGUUCUGCGCCGGCGGCACUGUCCUCGGCAACGGAACGUGGCUCAACGCCGGCGGCAACAAGGCCGUGAGGGAGGGCGGCCAGGACGCCGGCCCGCUCGGCUCGGCUGCUCGCGUGGACGGCGACAACGUGUACGGCAACGUCGACGGCGGCAAGGCUGUGCGUGUGCUCGACUGCGACAACGCGGGCGAGUGUACGUGGUACGACAAUGCGCGCAACUACAUGAAGUUUGAGCGGUGGUACCCGACGCUUGAGACGCUCGAGGACGGGAGUGCGAUGAUCAUGGCCGGGUGCAUCGACGGCGGCUACGUCAACGACCGGAACCAGGACAACCCGACGAUCGAAUACUUCCCCAAGCAUACGCCGCAGAACGCCAACUGGUUCUGUGUGGACCAGGAGCUGAUCGAGCUGCGGAUUCUCGACCGCACGCUCCCGCUCAACCUGUACCCGCUCAUCUGGCUGCUUCCGUCCGGCAGCGUCUUCAUCCAGGUCGGCCUCGAGGCCGAGAUCUUCGACUACAAGCGCGGCAUCGAGAUGCCGAUCGGCAACAUCCACGGCGGCGUCCGUGUCUACCCCGCGUCGGCCGGAACAGUGACGUUCCCGCAGACGCCGGCGAACAACUGGACGCUGACGAUCCUCUUCUGCGGCGGGACGGACAAGGACGGCUCGGCGCAGACGUGGACGGCGCAGAACCCCGAGCCGAUCGUGAACUGGGCGACGUCGCAGAGCUGCGUCAAGAUUUCUCCCGACGUGGACGUGAACUGGGUCGACGACGACAACCUCCCGGGCGGCCGGUCCAUGGGCCAGUUUGUCAACCUGCCCGACGGCCGGUUCCUCUUCCUGAACGGCGCCGGGCGCGGAACGGCGGGCUACGGCAAUGGGUCGGACUGGACGGUGGGCCAGGCGUACGCCGACGACCCGCAGCAGACGGCGUACUACUUUGACCCGCGUGCCCCUGCCGGCGCGCGAUUCCAGGAGGCGGGCGCCUCGCCGAUUCCGCGCAUGUACCACUCGACGGCGACGCUGCUGCCCGACGGCAGUGUGGCGGUGGCAGGCUCGAACCCGAAUGCCGACUACGUGGACCCGAACAACUUCCCCAACGACCCGCACCCGACGUACAAGUACGGCACGGAGAUGCGGAUGGAGAUCUUCUACCCAGACUACAUGGACAAGGCGCGGCCCGAGCCCAAGAACCUCCCCGAGCAGAUCACCUAUGGCGGCCCAUACUUCAAUGUGUCGCUGAGCAAGGCCGAUCUCGGGGGCAAGACACUCAACAUCAACGCGACGCGCGCCGUCAUCAUCCGCACCGGGUUUAGCACACAUGCGAUGAACAUGGGCCAGCGCCAUGUCGAGCUCGCGACCAGCUUCACGACGAGCCCAGACGGAGACGCGACGCUGCACGUCGCGCAGAUGCCCCCCAAUCCCGCCAUUCUCGCCCCGGGACCAGCGCUCCUCUUCAUCGUCGUCGACGGCGUGCCGAGUAAAGGCUCCUAUGUCAUGAUUGGAGACGGCAUCAUUGGGAACCACCAGAUUCAGCCAGAGUCUGUCCUCCCCCCGAGCUCCAUCUCGUACGACCAGUGGCAUAUGGGCGCGUAG